AUGCAGAAGAUGGUGUGGGAGAAGGCCGAGGGGUCCUCAGAGGAGGGUGCAAACUCUGAUGAAGCAUCAUCGCCACACAUCAUUCAAAGUGUUUGGCACAAAUCAAUGAAUGAAGCCAUCCCAUUCCAAGCCAAAUAUCCUAUUGUGAUCAAUGUCCUCAGAGUUUUUAUUCAGGGAGCAAAUUUGAUUGAUAGUCCUUUCAGGGAUAAAGGCAUGACUCAGGCUGUUAAAGGACGUGCCUGGGAUUUUUCAAAGUUUGUCAUGAUAGCAAGAACAAGAAAGGCAAAGUGGUACCAGCAGGAAAUGGACAAAAUUAGAGACAUAACCAAGCGGCUCACAGAGGCACACAGUUUGGUGACUUAUAUCAGUGCAACUCAUUCACAUGUAAGCAUUGCAGAGAGCUACAAUUCACUCUGUGAUGAACCAAUGUACCAGCUCUUGGAAAAGACCAGUGAAGACAACUACGAUACUGAUGUGGAGCUUGAAGGGAAACCCAGCGAGACUGUAACUGAGGAGGAGGUCUAUCGUAAGGCAUGUGAGGACGUUGGAGUCAGCCCAAUAUCUUACUACAUUCGGCACCGCCAUGAUGCUCAUCUUAACCUCAACUACCGCUGCAUGUCACCCAAAGCAGUGAAGGCCCUGUCAAUUGCACUCGUGAGUAAUACAUCAGUGACUACAUUGGAGCUAGAACAUGAUGGAAUUGAUGCAGAAGGCAUGCAAUACCUAAUGGAAAUGUUAGUUGAAAAUUGUUACAUCCAGACUCUGAAUUUGUCCAACAAUGAACUACGAACAUGGGGAGUGGAAGUGUUGUGUAAAAUGCUUCCACUGAACAUCUCCCUUAAAUGCAUCAAACUCUCAGGAAACAAACUGAAAAGCAACGAUGCUGCAUAUUUUGCUGAAACUUUAUCUUCUAAUUUCAGAAUUUCAGAGCUGGAUCUCAGUUACAAUGAGUUUGGAGACAAAGGAGCAGAGUUCCUGGGACAAAUGCUAGCAACCAAUGACAGUUUGGAAAUAUUGAACCUGCGAUGGAACCAGAUCCAAAUGGAGGGUGCAGUGGCUUUGAGUGCAGGAUUACGGAUAAAUAUCACCCUGAAGGUCCUCGAUGUUUCCUAUAACGGCUUUGGAAACGAAGGAGUGCUUGCCAUGGGAGAGACUUUGAAAUUCAAUAACACCCUGCUCGAACUCAGACUUGACACCAACCACAUCAACAACGAGGGGGUCAUCAUGUUGUGUAAAGGGCUGGACAUCAAUGACAAUGUUAAGAUCUUGUGUCUGUCCGACAAUCCUAUAACAGUGGAUGGUGCCUUUCGUCUUUUAGAGGUUGUGCGGAAGAAUGAAAAAUCAAACUUGGAAAAGAUCAGCAUCAAAAAUGUACUGGUAAAUGAAAACUUCAUGGAGUUACUGAAGAGCAUUACUCAUGAUCAUCCACAGUUUCAGAUUGAAACUAAAGGACUUGGAGGAUCCAUUGUUGGGAACCGACCACGUCGACUUGAUCCAAUGAAAAUGAUACAGGAUUACCUUGACAAGUGCAAACUCCGGCUCUCUGAUUUCUUCCGAAACAUGGACAAAGAUGGAAAUAUGAGUGUGUCUGUCUCUGACUUCAGGAAAGCUUUACAGCAAUUCAACAUCCCAUUGGAUCUCGUUCAGAUUGAGGAGCUACUCGGCAAACUUGACAGGGACAACACUGGAGCAAUUGACUACAGGAAUCUCGUCGACACCAGAAAUCAGAUGAUCAGGGAUCAACGGGAGCAAGUCCACAAGGAGGAAAGCCGCCAAAGGAAAGAGAAACAAAAGGCCCAGCGAGUGCUGAAAACACUUAAGAGUGCAAUGAAGGCCAUCACUCCACGAAGUUCAAUUGUUAUCUUGCCCAGUCAGGUCAAGCUGCCAGACAUUCAACCACUCAAAACCUUCAGUUCCCAGCACUUAGCUGGCACAUUGUUGAGCUCGUGGAAUCACAUGGGGAUGUCAAUCAGCAUUACCGCCUACCAAUUAUCUCCCAGUAGUCACUUCCCAUCUGUUGCUUCUCCUCAGUCACCUCCUGCUAACCACUUCCUAUAUGACAAUGGCAGAUCAAGAAACAUAAAAAAAAACAAAUUUCUUCCUCUAUCCUCUUUUGAAGACAUGGUCUCUUUGCUGUGGCAUGGUUCCACGGAUGUCAGGCGCCAAACGUUCUUCAGAAAGUGA